AUGAAGUUCGCUACUGUACUCGGUCUCUUGUCAUUGGCAACCGCCGUAACCGCAAAGCACUACUGCUUCGGCGGCUGCGUCAAGUGCUACUGCGGCGACAUCCAGUACGACGACCACCGAUGCUCCAUGUGCAGCUGUAAUCACAACGCGUACAAGUCCGACGACCCCAACAACAAGCAAGGCAACUGCGAUCAGCCUGGCGGAUUCCAUCUCGGAUGCGGUUAUAACUCGAGCGGAAAGUGCAAAUAA